AAAAAAAAAAAAAAAUAAUAAAGGAUAAAAAAAAAAAAAAAGAACAACAAAAAAUCAAUGAACCAACAAUCUGACCAUCAACAAAGCUCAAGUCAAACAUUAUUUCACAUGGAAUCAAAGCCAAUCAGUACUUUAAAAAAGUUAAGCAAAUGUUCAAGAAGUGAAUUAAUUGAUCUUCGAGAACGCAAUUUACAAAUGUUGAGUAAUUCAUCUGUAAUUGAUAUUUUACCAGAUAAAGGGAGAAAAUUAAAAGAAACCAAUCAAAUGAUUGAAGAGUUAUUAUUAACAGUAUUUGAUGAAGUAACAGUUGAAAGUACGAAUCAUUUGGAUUGUCCAUUAACUAGAAAAUUAGAAGAAAUGUCAGUAUUAACCCCUCAUCAAGGAGCUAGAAAGAGAUCAGUUGAUUUAGCCAAUCAACAAGCUUAUAGUAACUACUCUUCUAAUGGACUCUUAUUCAGAAAACCAAGAAGAAAAGUUUAUUCUUCCUCUACUACUACUUUACCUUCUAUAUUUCGUAUUCAUAAUCACAAUACUCCUCAUUAUAUCCAACAAAAUUCAAAUACAAGCCAACACAAGUUGCCAGAUCAGUCAAAAGUUAGAAUGAUUAGCUUGGAUGAAUCAAUGACAUUACAAACAGAACAGCAGCCCUCAGUGAAAAAGGUAUAUAAUCUAAUUUCUUCUUCUUAUUAUAGACAUUAAUUAUUCUAUUAAAAAAGUGUGAAGAAUCUUUAGAUUUGGAACAUCCUAGUCAAAACUUGUUAAAGACGUUAAACUUAUCUGUAGAUGUUAUUCAAGACGUAAAUAUUGAUAAGAUUGAAUUCCCUCUAUAUAAUGAAGAAACUGCUGAAGAUGAUGACUAUGAAGAUAAAAUGAUCAUUGAUUAAAGAACAAUAAAAUGUAUUUAACGGAUAUAUAUUUAAGCCAUUUUUUUCAUUAUGUAAUAAACCAAACAAGAAUUAUGAUAAGAGAUACAUACACCUAUAAACAUGAUAAUAUGC